AGAGGUGGUGCCAAGGCAGAAGGGUAUAAAAAUAGCUACGCUGGGCCUGUGGAGUAUAAUAUUUGGAGGUGUUAUUCAACGCGAUGUCUGGACGUGGUGGAAAGACUGGCGGCAAAGCCCGUGCAAAGGCUAAGACUCGUUCAUCACGAGCUGGACUGCAGUUCCCGGUGGGUCGUGUCCAUAGACUGCUCAGAAAGGGCAAUUACGCUGAACGGGUCGGGGCUGGAGCACCUGUCUAUUUGGCAGCCGUACUUGAAUAUCUAACUGCAGAAAUUCUAGAGUUGGCUGGUAAUGCAGCUCGAGAUAAUAAGAAAAAUCGCAUUAUUCCUAGGCAUCUGCAAUUGGCUGUCCGAAAUGACGAAGAGCUGAAUAAAUUGUUGGGAGGUGUCACUAUUGCACAAGGUGGAGUGCUUCCCAAUAUCCAGUCAGUCCUGCUUCCUAAGAAAACGGAAAAACCCGCAAAAUCAAAAUAACGAAGAAGACUUCUCAAGACCCAAAGGCCCUUUUAAGGGCCAUAA